GUAAAGCGCAGUAAAUAUGAGUCUGCUGCUUGUGUUUUCUCUGCUCUCGAGUCUCCAUUACUGCCAUUCAGCAGCAGUGUUCGUGCACAGAGAUGAAGCUCACGAGGUGUUGAUCAGGAGCAAACGAGCCAACUCAGGCUGGUUUGAGGAGCUGAAGACGGGGAAUCUGGAGCGCGAGUGUCUGGAGGAGAAAUGCUCGUAUGAGGAGGCGCGCGAGGUGUUCGAGCACACAGAGGCCACGAAUGAGUUCUGGAAGAUCUACGAUGUUAAAGAUCACUGCGCAUCCAGUCCAUGUGAGCAUGACGGCCUCUGCACCACACAGAACGCGGACUCCUACAUGUGUUUGUGUGCGCCGGGCUUCAGCGGACGCCACUGUGAGCAAUCGAUUGGAGACGUUACCGACUCCUGUCUGCAUGAUAACGGCGGCUGCGAACACUUCUGCACGGAGCAGGACGGAUGGAGAAACUGCUCCUGCGCAGACGGCUAUUACCUAGAUAACGGCGGGCAGAAGUGCCGGAGUCACGAGGUGUUUCCGUGUGGGAAGGUUCCUCUCCUGCAGGCUGGAAAAGCUGCGGAUCAUCAGGUGGAUCUCAGAUCUCGUAUCGUUGGAGGAUCUGAAUGUCCUAAAGGUCACUGUCCGUGGCAGGUGCUGCUGAAGUACGGUGAGAAGGGUUUCUGUGGAGGUGUGAUCUACAAGCCCACCUGGAUCCUCACAGCUGCUCACUGCUUGGAAAAGCUCAAGGUCAAGUUCCUCAGGAUAGUGGCAGGUGAGCAUGAUCUGGAGGUGGACGAAGGCACGGAGCAGCUCAUCCAGGUGGAUCAGAUGUUCACACACCCUGCGUACGUGUCUGAGACAGCGGACAGUGACAUCGCCCUGCUGCGUCUGCGCACCCCCAUCGUCUACAGUGUGUAUGCGGUGCCGGUGUGUUUGCCGCUGCGGGAGAUGGCGGAGCGCGAGCUGUGGGCGGUCAGCAAACACACGGUGAGCGGCUGGGGCAAACGCAGCGAGGACGGGCCGACCUCUCGUCUGCUGCGCCGGCUGCUGGUGCCGCGCAUCCGCACGCAGGAGUGUGUGCAGGUCAGCAACCUCACGCUCACCAGCAACAUGUUCUGCGCCGGAUACAUCGAGGGCCGGCAGGACUCCUGUAAGGGUGACAGCGGCGGCCCGCUGGUGACCCGGUACCGAGACACCGCCUUCCUACUGGGCAUCGUGAGCUGGGGGAAAGGCUGCGCUCGCCCGGGCUCCUACGGCAUCUACACACGCGUCUCCAACUACCUGCAGUGGAUCCGACAAACAACCAACACCACGAUACACUGAUGAAGACAUGACCCAUGUGCAUAUCUCAUCAAGAUUGCUACUCUUAGGUGAACAAUUAACAAAUAUUAACUAUUAUAGUUAAUGUUUGUUAAAAAUAGCACAAUUAUAUUGAAAAUAAAAAAUAUUUAUAUUAAUUAUGAAGACGGUGUUAUAGCCCAAAAUACCCAAUAGUUGAGCAUCAGCUGCUUUCCUGAGAUCCUGUACAUAUUAGACUCAGAUCUGAUAUUUUGCGCAGGUUAUAUUGCAUUUUUAGCAGGUAUUUAAUGAUUUUGCUCUGAUUAAUCAGGAGAUGUGCAGCUCAUUAUCUCCAUAUUAUUAAUGCUCAACUGUAGUAAACACUCGCUUUACAUAAAUCCAAAACCAGCCAAUAAAUAUCAGCGCAUCCCUAUUUAACGCUUGUGUUCAUGUCUGAUGAUCUUCUGUUGUGUGUAUUCUCUCAGUGGCUUGUCCAUCACUGUCUCAUUAUCCAAUAAAUAAUGCAGAUGUGAUUC